UCCAGAUUGUCACUCAGGGAACAAUACAAUAGGAAUACAAUGAUUACCAAAUGCUGGAUGCUGUUGUUCUGUCUCUGUUGCCAUCAUGAGAUCCUGCCGGCUGCAUGUAAACCCACCUGGAUGACAAGGCAGUUUCCUUGUGAUGUCAUAUCCACCAAUACCUCUGAGGUCAAAUUUGACUGUAAAGGGCGUCAUCUAGAGAAAGUACCAGAAGGAAUAACCAGUAAUGCCACGGAUCUAGACUUAUCAGAAAAUUUUAUUAAGAGUAUUAAAGCUGAUUCACUUUCUAAUCUGCUGAAUUUGACUCAGCUCAAUCUCAACUUUGCAAACAAGCCCAAGGACGGUUAUGGCUGCAGAAAAUUGAAAAUUUCUGCAAAUGCUUUCAAAAAUCUCACAAAAAUCAAGCAACUGGAACUGAGCGGCAACUGUCUGACUGAAAUUCCACGCAAUCUCCCCCACACUGUGGAAAAACUUGACCUAAGCAUUAACAAGAUUAGUUUGGAUAAAUUGAACAAUUGUUUUAUUGGCUUAAAAAACAUAACAAACCUGUUUCUAUCUAAAAACUGCUACUUCUGGAAUCCCUGUGGGAAGUCUGUUGCUAUUAUGGAAAAACCCUUUCAAAUACUGGACAAACUGCUGGUUCUUGACUUGUCUUUCAACAACUUAACACACGUUCCUAAAGGACUACCCCAAUCACUAACAUCUUUACAUAUGGAUUCCAACAAAAUAGAGUACAUAUCUAAAGAUGAUUUCCAGGGGUUGCUAAAUUUAAAAGUCCUUGAUAUACAAGGCAACUGUCCAAGAUGUCACAAUGCUCCGUACCCUUGUGUUCCUUGCCCUAACGGUUCUAUUGACAUACAUUCUGAUGCAUUUCAAAAACUGAAACAGCUGGAGACACUGAACCUGGGAGGAAACUCACUAAAUUACCUUAAGCCCUCUUGGUUUCAAAGUCUAAAGAAUCUUAAAGAAUUAUUUGUGGCAUUUAACUUUUUACAAAAAGCUGUAACUGAUUACCAAAUGCUGGAUGCUGUUGUUCUGUCUGUGUUGCCAUGA